AUGUGGAUGUUGCAGUUUGUUACAAUAAUUUGGAUAGUGUACAUUGCGAUCUCUUGACCGGAUACGGGAAAAAUAGUGCAUUGAUCGUGCUUUGAUUAUUAUGAAAAAGCUCGGAACUGAGCAUAUUGAUGUCGCCUAUGCGCGGAAUAACAUGUCUAGAUAAGCUUCAAAUGGAGAAAUAGAUAGACAGUCGGCGGUCGAUCAUUACAGGGGUUUACAUUCUCAAACGGGAAAGUGUAUGAUCAUGUAAAAAGGUUACAGAUUUCCAAAUAACCAUAAAAUAGAAGGACAUACGUUUCACAAGCAUAAGCACAACGCAAGCGCUAUGAGCAUCCUUUCACCUAUCACUUUUAUUUCGCGCCCUCCUCGCGCUCACCCUAGUUAUUGCAAAGUUUUCGCUUGAAGAAUGCUCGACUUUGUCACGCAACAGAACUGCGCGUCCACAGGAAAUCGCGUGAACCGCUAUAUUCUUUUUUUGAUUUCACGCAUACAUGGAUCACGCAUACUGAAAUGUUGUGUUCACUUUCAAAACAAGCUUUCACAAGCGUCACUGGUUUUUCCAUCUGAUAAGUGGUGAUCAUAAACGGUUCAACGCACAUUAAGAAUAAGCUUUUGGAAGACAUUCAUGACUUGAGUGUGUUUGGCUUUCGACAUGCGACCCUGGAUGAUUGGAGACAGAAGCCUUCUUUCUUUACUGAAGUGAUUGUAUUUCAACUUUGCUAUAUAAUCCCUGAAUAAUUCGACGCAGUAAGUAUAAUACAUAUCAUUGAUUCACGUUAUAUCACUAAAAAUAACAUUUAACAGUUGUCUGUAAAUCUUUUUUUAAUUUUUUCGGGGUCGGUGAGUUACAAUACUGAGAGUCGUUGUGUGUUGCAUGUCAAUGUUCCUCAGAGUUUGAAAGAAGUAGCUUUAAGUAAUUCCUAGUUAAGGAACUUCAGAGAACUUAAAAGAGCCUUUCUCGCCGUGACCGUUGUCAUUUUUCUUCUGACAUUGUCAUCAUUGUUCUAUUUAUAGAGAGCAUUUGAUGCCUGAAUUUAGUCACUUUCUGUUGUCAAGUGUGUUUCCUGUUGACGAGAAACUCAAAAAGAGAGAUCCAAAGAUAGAAAAGGGAAGUCUACAAUGCCUAUUUGAAUUCUUAUCCAUGGGCAAGACUCAUAAGUAUAUAAAACUGCACAAACUUCUAUCUAUUGGAACAUUCUUGAACACGGAACCAUCAUAGAGCGGCUUCUAUUAUGUAAAUUUAAGCAAUUUGUUCAUUCCUUCACUCAAGAUAUUCGGUUUACGAUAUAUUCUUUUAUCUAUCCUCAUCGAAGCGAAGUAAAACCCUCCAUAAAACAUUACAAAGAAAAUCAAAAAGAACAAUCUUUUGGAUUCCAAACAGUUGUUUUCUUGCAAAGUCUUUAUCUAUCGAAUUCAGCCUUGUUCGUGCAUUUUCACUUGUUUAAGCCAGGCCGUGAGUUAUUAUCAAUUAUGAGCACUUGACUGCGGGCACUUGUUCUACUUCUGGUAACCACUAUUAACUCUUUAACUCCCAUGAGUGACCAAGACUCAUGGUUUGUACUGAUUCUUAUUCCGUGAAAGACAACAGGCCUCGACUUAUUUAGCUCAGCUUAAAACAAACCUUCCAAAGGGAAGAAAAGCCAUUUUUUUAGAUAAAAAAAUUUUAAAAUUUCUUUUUUUAAAAUUAAAGGACAGUCGCUGAACCGUAUGAAAUUGUUCAAAGUGAAUAUGUCCUUUUCAAUGGUAUGCGAUGAGGAGCAGCUAAACUAUUUCAGGAUUUGGAUUUGAAUAUGGCCUUUUCAAUGGAAUACAAUGAGGAGCAGCUAAACUAUUUCAGGAUUUGUCACGUUACCACUGACAUCUUGACCGAGGGAUUGCGAGAAAUCUUCAAACAAGAAUGGGAUAGUCACUACAAGGCCACGUUAGGAGAAUGGAAAGAUGAUCCAAAAAAUGGAUCGGACUUCUGCAAUGGCGAAUCGCCACGGAACCAAAACAAGCAUGCACGUCUAUUAGCAACCAUGACUAAGGGAAAUAGAGCUGAGUGGGAUUGUACCAUGCUGUUUUACGCCAUUCUUUUCUCUGAUUGCAUUCAUAGUCUUAAUCCAGUCGUCCGGUCAAAUGUGGAUAAACUCAGGUUGUUUCGUAACGAAGAGUUCGCUCAUAUCGCACGAGGUCACCUCUCAGACGUAGAGUUUCAAAAUGCCAUUAGCAAAGUGGAAAAUGCAUUUUUAGCUCUCGGUCUUUCCAUCGUUAAAAUUCAAGAAUUAGAAACCCAAACUUAUUUUCCCACAGAGCAGCUGAGACAUGUUUUGAAGAAGGUAGACGACCUCAAGCACGAAGUUCAGGAGAAAGAAAAAGAAGUUCAGGAAAAAGAGAGAGAAGUUCGGGAGAAAGACAAAAAUCUUCAAGAAAAAGAGAAAGUAAUUCAGGAAAAAGACAAGAAAUUGCAGGAAAAAGGAAAGGAACUUCAGCAAAAAGAACAACAAAGACAGACUCUUGAAGAACAGUUAAACAGCGAGGCUUCUUCAUUUUGCAUUCUUCCUCCUAAGCCCUCUCAUGAUGUCGCAAAUCGAGAUUCUGAUACAUCUAAGAUUAUUGAACAGUUAAAAGCGCUGAAAAAGUCCACAGGAUUAAGUUACUUGUACCUAUCUGGAAAUCCUGGAAGUGGUAAAUCGCAGAUGGCCUCACUUGCAGCUGAGCGUUUAUUUUGCGAAGAAAGUAUAUCUACUGCAUCGUUUGUAAUGACACUGAAUGCUGAAAACCCUAAAACACUUUUGGAAUCGUAUGCCACUUUCGCUCGACAUCUGAAGUGCCCAGAAUACGCUGUUACCAACACAUUUACCUCCAAAGAUUUAAGUACAGACGAGAAGAUCAUAAGUCUAAAGACAUUGAUCAGCACAAUAAUCGAGCUGUACUCAUCGUGGCUACUGAUAGUUGAUAACGUCAGCAACAUGUCUCAUCUGGACGGUAAUUUACCUGAUCCAGGAAAUGGGCAGUGCGCAAAGGGCCAGUUGCUGAUAACAACACAGGACACCGCGUCUAUCCCGCCGUCAGGCUCAUUUAUUCAACAUAUUCCUGUCAGCAAAGGUAUGGAGUCUCAUGAAGCUGGCUCUCUAUUGGAAAUGCUUUCUGGUUUUUCUGACCCCAAGAUGGAAAAAGAAGUUGCUCGGGUAUUAGACUACCAGCCACUUGCCCUAGCAAGCGCUGCCACUUAUGUGAGAGAAGUAAGAAAGAACAAAUUAACUCCCAAUUUUAGCUGGGAUGACUUUCUAAAGAAAUUGGACCAAGGGAAGAGAAGUACAACAGAAGCCAUGCUCGCUGGAAGUAACCCAAGUUACAAAAACUCCAUGACUGCAGCCACAACAUUUGCUGUUAAGAAGACGAUCGCAGCGGAUAAAGUUUUGGAGCACACUUUUCAUUUUCUUUCUGUCUGUGCACCACACCCUUUGAGUCUACAGAUUGUUGUAAAUUAUCUUAGCAAAGUAAAUAAGGAGCCUAAAGACCCUGAGAUAUUUGCUACGAGAAUCUGCAAAUGCUCUUUGCUGUUAUUUGAAGAAGAUGACAGCGGCGUGUACAUUCGAGUGCACCAGAUUGUCCAUGACGUCAUCAAUAAUGUUAUGAAAACCUGCGCCGAAAACAAAGAGCUUGAAGCCGUUGAUGGGGCCAUUCUGUCAUUCUGCCAAGUUAUAGGUCAUGAGGAUGACUCGCAUACUCUUAUUAGAAGCAAGAAAAUUGUUCCUCAUUUAGUAACAAUGAGUGAGAUAAUCGAUGGUCUAUUUUCAGAAGAGGGUAUAUCCGACGCUGUCAAAGCCGGAUCAUCCACUCCCUAUGACUACCGAAACUAUUUCAAAACCCUUGGUCACACCUGCCAAAAACACUGUGAAUUUCGAUCAGCAUUAACGUACUUCAACGUAAUGUUGCGAUUAACUCAAUGUGACGACGUGUUUGGUGACGAAGACGUUGUAAAUGCAUAUGGUUACAUAGGUACUGUGCACCAUUCCCUCGGUGACCUGCAGCAGGCAAAAGAAUGUCAUGAUCGUGCAAUAACGAUUUGUCUGAAAAAGCUCGGAUCUGAACAUAUCGAUGUGGCAAAUGCUUACGAUAAUCUGGGUAAGGUGCAUCAUGAUCUUGGUGACCUGCCACAGGCAAAAGAAUGUCAUGAUCGUGUACUGACCAUUCGUCUGAAAAAGCUCGGACCUGAACAUGUCGAUGUGGCAAAUGCUUACGAUAAUCUGGGCACUGUGCAUCAUGAUCUUCGUGACCUGCCGAAGGCAAAAGAAUGUCAUGAUCGUGCACUGGCCAUUCGUCUGAAAAAGCUCGGACCCGAACAUGUCGAUGUGGCAAAUGCUUACGAUAAUCUGGGUACUGUGUACCAUGAUCUUGGUGACCUGCCGCAGGCAAAAGAAUGUCAUGAUCGUGCACUGACCAUUCGUCUGAAAAAGCUCGGACCUAAACAUGUCGAUGUGGCAAAUGCUUACGAUAAUCUGGGUACUGUGCAUCAUGAUCUUCGUGACUUGCUGCAGGCAAAAGAAUGCCAUGAUCGUGCACUGACCAUUCGUCUGAAAAAGAUUGGACCUGAACAUAUAGAUGUGGCAAAUGCCUACGAUAAUCUGGGUACUGUGUACCAUGAUCUUGGUGACUUGCCGCAGGCAAAAGAAUUUCAUGAUCGUGCACUGACCAUUCGUCUGAAAAAGCUUGGACCUGAACAUGUCGAUGUGGCAAAUGCCUACGAUAAUCUGGGUACUGUGUACCAUGAUCUUGGUGACUUGCCGCAAGCAAAAGAAUUUCAUGAUCGUGCACUGACCAUUCGUCUGAAAAAGCUUGGACCUGAACAUGUCGAUGUGGCAAAUGCUUACGAUAAUCUGGGUACUGUGCAUCAUGAUCUUGGUGACCUACAGCAGGGAAAAGAAUGUCAUGAUCUUGCACUGGCCAUCCGUCUGAAAAAGCUCGGAGCUGACCAUGUCGAUGUGGCAAAUAGUUACAAUAAUCUGGGCACUGUGCAUCGUGCUCUUGGUGACCUGCAGCAGGCAAAAGAAUUUCACGAUCGUGCUCUUACCAUUCGUCUGAAAAAGCUCGGACCUUAA